CAUAUUUAUGAUUAUUUACGUCAAAUAAACGUUAUAUCAUUCUUUACGAAAAAAGUCAUGAUCUCAGAUUCGUGUACGUCGGCAUUAAAUGAUACUUCUUCCCACGAUAUACUCUACUAUAAACUCAAUUUUCACGUAACUUUUUAAGUAUACGGUAUUCAGUGUCUAUUUAAUUUGUUGUACUAUAGUGAAGAAUGAAUAUGAAAAACCGCGCCAGUGACUUUGCAUUAAUUAUGUUAUUUAUUUUAAUCUUCUGUUUCACAUGUGUUUCAACUGCUCCUAUUGUUCAACCUUUUCAUAAUUUUUUUGUUCAUGUUACUUCAAAUAAAUGUGAUUUACCAAAGAAUAUCAAACCGUUUGCUCCUUCAGCUCGUGGUUGGUAUUUUUUAUCCGAACCACUCAGCCAAUGUGAUGGUGCAAAUGUAACUUUUGAAACGCAAACUUUAUGUGCCGAAAUUUUAGAAAAUUUUGUAAAUACCACAUGUACUACCAUAGAUCCAAAGUCCAUCCCUAAAAUUUCUUAUCGGCUGUCUUCGGAUGUUUGCACUGAUUUUGCUAAUUCUAGUAAUAUUAUACCGAAAAUUGAAGGUUAUGUUGGUGGAAAACUUGCUGAUAGAACUGUUUGUAAACUUGCCUGUGCUUCUCAGUAUGAAAUAUUGUGUAAAGUUCUCUUUUGGAGCUAUCAAGUACGUCAUCAUAUUGAAGCUGCAAUCGGUGCUGGCACUGAAAAUCAAAAUGACGUGAAGCAUCUUGAUCAAAAUAAGAUUGAUGUUGUUCAGGAUCAGAAUGAUUUGCAACCAUCUAUUGGAGCUAAGGAUGAAAUAUCCCCACAAGUGCAAUCUGUAGGAGCUCCAAAUGGUGUGUCAGAUGCUUCCUCCAUUGCUGGAGUAGAAAAUGAGAACCAAGUACUUCAGGAUGCCAAGCUUUCAGAUGAAAUUGCAAAGAAUGCAUUUGAUGACCAGAGACUAUUAAUACCUGAUUUCACAGGACAUGAUAAAGAAAAUCAUGAUCAAACCAUGAGCCCACAAAUGAAGGUAGGGAUGGUUUCUAGUACCACAAAAGAUCUCCCAGCUCCUAGUUUAGUCGAUGGCAAUAAGAAGACUAAUAAUGAUGCAGUGAUUAAAAGUAAUGAAAUUGCUAAUGAACAAAGAAAUGACGAAAACGUACCGCUUUCCUCCCUAAGAAAUGAUGUUAUAAGACAGGACAUUGAAGUAACUGUAUCAAAAAAUCAAAAUACUACUUCAAAUGCUGAAGAUACAGCUGCUAAGAAAAUAGCAAAAGAGAAACUAAAAUCGAAAAUAAAGGAAAAAUUUAAGAAGCAUGAAACGGCUCAAAAUGCAGUUGUUGGUGAAAACAAUGCUACUAGUCAGGCUCCCGUUACAAAUAUUGAUGGAGAUAUGCAAGCAGCAACUAAUGAAAAGCUGUCCAACAAUAGAGGUAGUCAACUUGAAACAAAAGAUCCAUCUCUCGGAAAGAAUAAAAUCGACCAUACUGAAAAGGAUUCAACUAGUAAGCUUGUACCCGAAACACCAAAAGAUAAUGAAGGAGGAAAGGUUGAACAUACUAAUUUGAGUAGUGAAAAAGCUGUUUCUUUCACAUCAAGUACCACUAGUAAUCCAGUAAAGGAUGGGCAGCUUUCUUCAGCCUCAGAUAUAUCCAUUAUCACGUCAAAUACAAAAGCUAACAAAGCUUCAGAUCAACAAAUCAGUCAAGGACUUAUGGACAAUAAAGACAUCACAUCCGCAUCUAAAACGGAAGUUAAAAGUACAGUUGAAAGUCAAGGUAAAGACGUUAUCCUUACAGGUGAAAGCAGUAAUGUUCCUAAUUUAGAAACUACAACAUUAGAAAUUACAUUGGAGGAAAUGGAUGAUGCAAAUGAGCUUCCACCACCAGUACAAGGGCAAGAUCAGUUUAAUUUGGAAAAUGGGGAUACUGAGGGGGAAUAUGACAGACCUGAUUAUGCCCCAGAUGGUGCUUUGCCACCUUCAACUGAAAACAGAAAAGUAAUUGCUCAAGAUUUUUUUAGCACUACUGAAAAGACGUCUGUAUUUAAUGAUCAACAAAAUGAUUUUUCAAAACUGUAUGAUGAUUUUAUUCCGAAGAAUAUUGGUGGACAAGUGUCGGAUGACAUUCGUAGACUUCCUCCUUUUCCCGAAGAAGAAGAUGGCCAUUUUUUUUUCUAUUUCUUGUCAAUUAUUUUAAUUCUGAUGAUUGGUUAUCUCAUUUUCCAUAAUAAGCAAAAGAUAAUAGCAUUGAUUGUUGAAGGACGUCAUGAAAGAAGGAGAAGGUCUUAUGGAGCUGGCUAUAAAAAGCUGGAAACGAAAUAGUUAUUUGUACCUAAAAGUUGAAGUCAUUUUCCAUUUACAUGAUUCAUUUUUUGUCACAUAGAAAUUGAUUUUAAUUGUCAUUUCUAUUACACGUAGUAAAUUAUAGUGUGAUGUACAGACUUUAGUAUCUAAGUUUUGUGAUUUAUUUUCAUGUGUACAAUAAAAUGAUCUCGAAGAGCUAGAAACAAUUUUGAUUUAUAUGUAAUAAUCAAACCUUUUGUGUUCAAAAAGUAGACAAUAAAAUAAUGUUCAC